AUGCAUACCCGAGUAUUGUCAUCCCUGCUGCUCACUGCCGCCUCCUCCUCCAAGGGGGCGUCGAUCGCGGGCCAGAGCACGACGGGACCUUCGCCUGACGACAGUGGAUUCUCGAGGCGCAUAGCCACUGGGGGAUCACCGCGAAACAAUUACCCAGACAUUUUGACGACCUCGGACGGCGGGAAAUUGAUCUCUUGGGGUGGCGUCUCGACCAAUGAACAAGCGAACAGCAGCAGCGAAUACCUUUGGACCAUGCAGCCGGCCUUGAGCGGCACAUCAUGGGGACUGGAACGCGAGGAUACCACGUCUCGACGCACGACAGCCCAGCGUUCGGCCGGGUCGGGCGCUGUGGUGUGUGACAAUACAGCCUUUUUCGUUGGAGGAUGGGUCAAUGUCGAUACUGAUCCGAGUGUCGAUGUUCCUCGGGCUACGAAGAUUCCGAAAGUAACCACAUCAAUGUAUGACUUGGAGACCGGCACGUGGUCUACGUCAACGAAUGGGUUCAACAAGAAUGACACAUACUAUCACGGCAGCGCGACGUGCCUUGCCAACUAUGCAGAGAGCGGUAUCGUCAUCGUACUUGGGGGCGAGACGGGUCAAACGUCCCGAUACGAGGAAGGCGAAGGAUAUGUCGCCUUUGACCAGGCCCACAUAUACAGCAUACACAAAGAUGAGUGGCUCAAGCAGGACACAACGGGAUCUCCGCCCUCGAACCGGAGCCACUUCUGUACCGUCUCUGCCAACGGUACGAACGGAACGACAGAAAUAUUUGUCUACGGCGGAUUCAAUAGCCAACUGUCAGAGGCCUACGAUGAUCUGUACGUGCUGACUAUUCCUGGGUUUCACUGGACCAAGGUCGAUUAUCCAUCUUCUUCGCCCCGCGCAGACCACGCGUGCGUCCGGGCGGGUGGACGGCAAAUGGUUGUGAUCGGCGGUGCCAACCUCGGACUCGGCUCCCAGGAGGCUGUAUUUGAGGAUGUCGAUCCAUGGGCAAACGGACUUGGUGUCUUUGACCUGGUAAACCUGAGCUGGAGUCACAUCUACUCCAGCGAGAACAAUGAUUAUGACACGCCCACGUCCAUCGCGGACUGGUAUGCUGCAGGAUCUAUGACACAGAUUGAGUGGUCUAGCGACGAAGUCAAGGAAAUCUUUAGUGGUCACUACACGAAUGGCGGGAACGCCCCCCCAAGUAAGAAGUCCACAAUCACCAUAAUCGCGAGCGUUGUCGGGGGCGUCACUGGCACAGUAGCUGCCCUGACGAUCGUCAUCGUUUGUGUCUGCAUACGUCGGCGGAAUCAGGAAAUCAAGUCGGGGAUUACCGUACAUCGCUUCGCGGACACUGCUCCGUCCGAGACGGUAGACUGCCGAGAAGAUGCGUUGAUGAGCGAAGUGCAAGGCCAUUCGGCCCCGUCAUCGGCAUACACUCCAGCAUGGACGGCAACAAGUCAAGCAUCCAUGGAGCCAAGUCCGUUGACGCUGCAUCGCGCACAGCAUCCCAUUGCCGAACUCAAAGCAGAAGAACCGCGGUGGGAGCUGGAGGCGCCCAUUUACCCGGUCGAACUAGAAUGCAAUCCGCCAGGCCAUCGGAAGUUCUCUUUCUAA